CGGAGACACGGAAAAAUAUCCGACUAAUUGGUGAGUUUUCAUUUUCACGAAUUCUUUUCGACAGUGGAAAAUAUUGAUAGUUUCAUGGACACGAAUUCUUUUCGACAGUGGAAUAUAAAAUAACACCGAUGAUCAACAUGAGGAUUCGAAAAUCACAAACACAAAGUGAUAUUCUUGUUAAACGUAUGAAGGAACACCCCGAAAUGGUUAAUGGAUUUCCGAAAGGCAAGAAAAAAGAGUCUGAUGAGUUUUGGAGCAAGCUUACAGUGGAACUCAAUGCAAAUGGACCGCCCUUUAAAGAGACCGCCACAUGGAAAAAGACUUGGAACGAUUGGAAAAUAUAUGUACGCAAAAAGGUCUCCGUUUACAGGCACUUAAUAACGACAAAGACCGAAGUAGAGCUUCUUAAUUUAUUAGGUAUGGCAGAAAAACGUUUACCAUCACCUGCGAAAAAAAAUCUCGAGGAAGAUAAUGUGAUCGAUGACACCUCAUUAUGUAAUAUAGUUUUUGGAGUCGAUGAUUCGAACAGUUCAACGGACAGUUGCCGUUCCAAUAGCAAUGAAAGUCCCUUGCCUAAACGCAAACGAUUGCCAUCUUCACAGGAGAAUGAAAACACCGUAUUAAGUGAUACUUCAAUUAAAGAAGAUCUGAUAGGGUUUCCUUCGCGUGAACCUUCACAAAAUGCUCAAGAUAUCCCUAGUAAACAAUCAAAGGUAGAAAAUAAAACUGCCCAUUGUUUUGACCGUAUCUUCAGCACCUUAAAUGACAUUUAUAAAAUACAAAAAGAGACGAAAAAAGAAAAUGAACGCCAUCACAGAGCUAUGGAGGAGUUGUUGCGAGAAAAGAAUAUGAUUAAAAUGAGGUCUUUGGAGCUACAAGAACUAAAAUAUAAAUUUGAAAUGGAAAAACAACAAGGCAAUGAUGUUGUGCAUGGCACAAAACGUUAAUAAUGCUUUGCAUUCACUUAAUACAUUACUUGAUGAAUUGAUAUUUUAAUUUUCAAAAUUAAUAUUCCAAAUGAAUUUGAUAUGUUGUAAGAAAAUGUUAACUUCAUAUUUUGUAUGAAGAUAAAAUAAUUGCUAUAUUUUAAAUAUUUCAUAGGAAUGUGAAAGCUAUUUAUGGAUUUUGAUCUACUUCUUAAUUUCGCAGAAAAUGAAUUACAGUUGCUUAAUAGUUUGAGUAUUAUAAAAUAAUAAAAAAAAUAUGAAAUUUUCCUAUUUCAUGCUGUGAAAAACAAAA